CCUUCAUCCCCUUCAUAUAUAGAUGACCCAUUUCUGGCCAUUAUUUCCUCGUCCCCCACCCCCACUUCCCUUCAACCAACAUUUAACACACCACUCCCAUCUCUCUCUACAUACAUAUACAAAGAAAUUAAGCUGAUCAUCAUCAUUCACCGAACUCAACGAUAACCUAGCCAGCUAGCUAAUAGAUCAAUGAUGGAAGAGAUCGAGAUCACGUCCCCGGUCACGUCUGGCCCUGUGGACAGCUCCCUCGCGCUCCAGCAGAAGCUCAGCCUCCUGAUCCAGACCCGCCCCGAGUGGUGGGCCUACUCCAUCUUCUGGCAGGCUGUCCGCGAACGCGCCACGGGCCGGGUCCUCCUCACCUGGCGCGACGGUCACUUCCGGGGCCCGAGGGACCGCCCACCAUCCUUCCCCCCGAGGAGCAGGAAGCCCACCGCGAUUGACGGCUUCCUGGUCGACGGCCACACAUGCGACUCCGAGUGGCACUACAUGGUCUCGGUGACAAAGUCGUACCCCGCGUCCUCUGACGGCGGUGCCCUCGGAGGGGCGUUCAGCUCCGGGGCGUACCUGUGGCUGAGCGGCGGCAGCGAGCUGAGGCUCGGGGAGUGCGACCGCAUCCGGGAGGCCCGGGCGCACGGGAUCGAGACGGUAGCGUGCAUCUCUGUCCCGGGCGGGGUGGUCGAGCUUGGGUCCCUGGACGUCAUCAAGGAGGACUGGGGGCUCGUCCAGAUGACCAAAUCCUUGUUCUCCUCGAACCCUUGCAGCGACAGUCAUGCUAAUAAGAGUGUCCACGUGAUCACCCACGGCGUUGGUGGGAGUUCCAAUUUGUUUGGAAAUGAUCUCAGCGGGAAGAUCUUCUCGGGAUCUUGGCAGGAGGAGGAGGUAAUGGGCAUUGAAGAAAAGCCAGCCUAUGGGAAGAAAACCGCAGCUGCAGGGACCACAUCCUCAGACUCGGGUAGAUCCGACUCAGAUGGUAACAUUGCCUCGACCAACACAGGAAUGACCACACCGACCGGCAAUAAGAAGAGGGGGAGGAAGUCCUUGAGUGAGAGAGAGUCACCGCCACAGAACCAUGUCGAAGCCGAGCGGCAGAGGCGGGAGAAACUUAACCAACGGUUCUAUGCGCUCCGAUCAGUCGUACCUAAAGUCUCCAAGAUGGACAAGGCGUCCCUCCUUUCAGAUGCGGUCACGUACAUCAAGGAGCUUCGGUCAAAGAUCGAUGAGCUCGAGUCUUGCCUUCGAUCCAAGCCCUCCCAGCAUCCGCUACAGCAGAGGAACAUGCCCCUAAGUGUAGGAGUUCACCAUGUGAGGCCCAACGGACUCAAUGGGCCAUACUAUGGAACAAGAGGGCGUAUGGAGGUGGAAGUGAAGGUGGUAGGAACAGAGGCGAUGGUACGGGUUCAGGGGCCGGACACGGACCACCCGGCAGCCAGAUUGAUGCAGGCAUUGAAGGAGCUCCAGCUGCACGUGCAACACGCCAGCAUCAACAGCGUGAAGGCGCUCGUACUACAAGAUGUCGUGGUUCAAAUCCCCGAAGGCUGCACGAGCGAGGAGUUUAUGAAGGAUGCCAUCCUUGAGAAAUUGUAUCAAUGUUAAUUUUUUGUUGGAGGUAAAAGGACUUCUUGUCCUUUUUUUUUUCUUCGUUUAAGCUUAAUUUUCUUAAUCAGGGGACAUCGAAUUUGGAUGUUUUAAUUACUUUGUACUUAGUUAAGAGUGCAAGAAAUUAUUGUUUCAUUAUGUGCU